CUCAUGAUUUUCAACUUAGUUUAGAUAUUUGCAAAGGUAAACGUCCUAAAGAUAUUAAAAAUAUUCCACAAUGUUAUAUAAAUUUAAUGAAAAGAUGUUGGGAUAUAGAUCCAUUAAAAAGACCAAUUGCAUCAGAAAUUAAAAAAAUUGUUGAAAAUUG